CCACAGCAGCGCAUGCAGGCCCUCGACUGCCCAUCUUUGUAUAAGCGUUUGCAAAAAUAUAGGUACAUCAGGAUUCUCGCACUGGACCUUCGCACUCGACAUUCUACCUGUACACUCCAGCCUUUCCGUGAUUGACAGCGCUCGCGAACCAAUUGCUGCUGUUCUAUAAGAGCGGAUAAGUAAGGUGCUGUGACCUGUCCUGCGAAGGCGACACGGAGGAUGUUGAACAAGGCGUUAAGCCGCACUUGCCCGGCUUCUCGGAACUCAUUUCCGCCCUGCUAUCAUGGGAUUCUACGAAGACGUGUAUGUUUGGCUUCUGCGCAACAAUUAACGACAGCUCAGGCAGCUGCUGCUGUCUCUCGACAAGACGGAGACAACACCAGCGGGAAACCAGUGAUUCCUGUCCAAGUAACCCGGCCAAAUCUUCCAUGUGACAAACCACUGCCCCUGGCAAGCGUGUUGGAAGUUCAACGCCUGCUAUUCCUGCUGGAGGCUCCAGAGUACUGCAUGCGAGCUUUCCGGGAGCACGGAGUAAACGGCCAGGACCUCCUUCACAUGCAAGAGGAGGACCUGGAUGACAGCCGCUUCAAGUUCCCCCGCCACGUGCAGCGCAAGGUGAUGCGUAUCCCCCUCGCCUGGCGCGCCUUCCUGGCCAUCAGUGGCAGCUCCACGCAGGGCUCCAUCAGCCGCGAGCAGUACGUGGCAUUCUACGGCAGCGAGGAGCUGGCUGGCAGCUCCCCCGCGGUGCUGGCGGAGCUGCACUCAUGCUUCGGAGCAGUGGACCUGAACAGCAACGGCUGCCUCUCCUUCGAGGAGUUCCUGGUGGGCUUUUCCCUGCUGCACGAACCCGUCGCUACCAAGCCUCGGCAACAAGCGCUGGCCGCAUGAGCGUCUAAAAGCGCCGCCGGUUGCUGUGGUGGCAGCAGCAGCAGGAACGGCAGCAGUGGGAACGUCUGCUGACCUGGUAAUAGCAGCUACAGCCAAUAACUUAAACCAGCAUUAUAACGAGUUCGGAACGUUACGCGGGCGUUAUGGAGCUGGUACGGCUCCAUGGCUUGUGUUGGGCUGCCUGUGGAACAUGCAAGCGGGCCUGCUGCGGGCAGAUGGGUGCGGGCGGUUGCACGGUGCGUACCCGGACCUGCAGGCAGGAGCCGUGCGUUGAGGUUGUGUGUUGCAUGGGUUUCUCACACGCACUAGCUUCCCAUCACGACAUGGUUUGUCGCGGCUUGUAGCAGCACGUUGGCUGUGGGGCCCUUGGGAGCCUCACCGUUAGGGGCAUGCUGUGAUACUAACGCUACGAAAGAUUUGUUUUGGCGGCUUCUUGCCCAAUUAUAACCACAGGUCAGCUGGGUUGUGGUUUUGUUGUCAUCGGGGGCGGUAUGAACGUGGUUCUCCUUUCUUCUCUUUUCGCAGUUGCUGCUACUAUUGACUUACCCAACGGCUUUACUAUACUCCUUGCUGGCGAUCUAUGUGGGUGUCCGGUACUUCGGAUGACCCGGUUAAUGUGUUUUGGCGCACACGCGUGUUUGGGCAAGAUGAUGCAAGAUACCGGUUCUGCUGUGCAUGGCGUUUCAUACAAGUAUGACUGUGUUACAUGAUUAGAGGUGAACAUCGAGGUGACGUUGGGUUUUGGUGCGGCGUGUGGUGAUGCUUGCGCGCGUUUUUGCGAUCAUGGUGUGCAUUGCAAAGCAACAUAUCUCGGGCGGUGCGGGCAAAGGCAUGAUGCUCAGCGGGUGUUCGUAGCAUGCGCCGAAAUAGAGCGCCUUGGGAGACGGCGCGUGCACUGUUAAUGUUCCGGUCCAAAGAUCCAGCAAGGACCAGGAAUAAACGCGCGGAUACUUUUGACGCGGGUGUUGCGGGCGCGCUUCUGGUCCUAUAAGACCUAAUAACACAUAUAGUAUCGAAGGGUCUGCCGUGGGCUGGGUGCAUGUGUGUCGCAUCACCGCCUGGGGCAGCGGUCAAACUUGAAAUAUUAGGGCCCUUCGGAUGAUUAGCUUAAGCAUGGUACAGCUGUUAAGUUCAACAGCAGGAUGAGGUGAAGCGCUUGCAUGGGCAAGUCGUGUUGGCUGCCCGGGAUGUCUGCUUAGGCCUGCCCGUGUUGUUGAAUCUAGGGAACCUUCGCAGGACAUGCGAAUUGAUGGGCGUGUGUCGGAAUUCGCAACCUAAUGCUGUGUGGCUGGUUUACGCGCUAUGUAGGUGAAGGAUUUGCGCAACUCCACAUGUGUUGGGUGCAUGCAGGGUGAACGCAGGUUGGCGUUGCAGCAAGAUUGCAGGUGUACUAUGCUUUGGAGUGCGAGUCGCAAUUGCUGUGCCCUGAAGCGAACGCUUGGUUAAUGCUUGCAGUAAGUUGAUGAGCCUAUGCAAGGGUGGGAAUGGCAGAGAUGGAAAGUCGGUCAAAUGGCCCCCGUUCUUGCUGCCUAGGAGCCCGGGAGCUGAGUGCAAACAAAUACAGAGAGGAUUUUCGGGCACGCUCCCUGCAGUUCCUGGUUCGUCAUCUACUACCGUACUGCCUGAAGUGCGCACGCACAGCUUGUAAAUGAUGGGACCGAUGCUGCACAGCAUUGGUUGCG